AGCUGAUAUUAAAAAACCACUGGGACCAUGUCAGUUGGUGUUGUUAUGGAGAGAGUCUCUCUAGGAACAGACUGACACUGUGUAACACUUAAAUUUUCUUUUUCAAUUUUAAUUCUGAGCCGUCAUUGGUUGAGCCACGUGUGAAAGUCAUGAGAGGGUUUAGCGUCUUCUCCCUCUGGGUGUCUGUCAACCUGUUGUUGCUGAAGAGCUCAUCAUGUGCUGGUGACUCAAGUGUUGUGAAUCCCUGUUGUUCCUAUCCCUGUCAGAACUCUGGAGUGUGUGUGAGAUUUGGUACAGACAGCUACAAAUGUGACUGCACUCGCACUGGCUUCUAUGGAGAAAACUGCACUGUUCCGGAGUUCUGGACCAGAAUUCGUCUCUUGCUGAAGCCCAGCCCUGCGGUGGCUCACUACCUCCUCACCCACUUCCACUGGUUCUGGGACCUGGUCAACAACUCUUUCCUGCAAGAUACCAUCAUGAGAUUAGUGCUGACAAUUAGAAGUGAACUUAUUCCAAGCCCUCCGACCUACAACACCAAAUAUGGAUACAUCAGCUGGGAGUCCUACUACAACAUCUCCUACUACACCCGGCUCCUCCCACCUGUACCUAAAGACUGCCCCUUGCCCAUGGGAACUAAAGGUAAAGCUGUUCUUCCUGAUCCGAAAGAGUUGGCUGAGCGUUUCUUUAAAAGAGCCAAAUUUAGGCCAGACCCCCAGGGAACCAACCUGAUGUUUGCCUUCAUGGCCCAGCACUUCACCCACCAGUUUUUCAAGACAAACCAUGACGUUAAAGGUGGCUUCACCAAGGCUUUGGGACAUGGGGUAGAUGCAAGUAAUAUAUAUGGAGACGACCUCAUGCGACAGCAUCAACUCCGGCUUCAUGUAGAUGGAAAGAUGAAAUAUCAGUUAGUAAAUGGUGAGAUGUACCCCCCUACAGUAUCGGAGGUCCCUGUGCACAUGGUGUACCCUGAAGGCUUCCCCCCAGAGCAGCGUCUGGUCACUGGUCAGGAGUUAUUUGGCAUCCUCCCUGGUCUCACCAUGUAUGCCACCAUAUGGCUGAGGGAGCAUAACAGAGUCUGUGACAUCCUUAAAGCAGAACAUCCCACCUGGGACGAUGAGCAGCUUUUCCAGACCACCAGACUCAUCAUCAUUGGGGAGAUAAUCAACAUUAUUAUAGAGGAGUACGUGCAGCAGCUGAGUGGUUACCUGCUGAAGCUGAAGUUUGAUCCCUCCCUGCUCUUCAGUGUGCGUUUCCAGUACAGCAACCGCAUCGCCCUGGAGUUCUGCCAGCUCUACCACUGGCACCCACUGAUGCCUGACAGCUUCCUCAUCGACGGAGACGAAAUCCCAUACUCCCAGUUUUUUUACAACACCUCACUCCUCAUGCAUUACGGGGUGGAAAAACUGGUGGAUUCUUUCUCCAGACAGCCUGCAGGACAGAUUGGUGGAGGUCACAACUCUCAUGAAGCUGUGCUCAAAGUGGCAGAAAUGGUCAUCAGAGAGUCCAGAGCAACACGUGUGCAGCCCUUCAAUCAGUACAGGAAGAGGUUUAAUCUGAAGCCGUACACCUCUUUUUACGAUUUUACUGAUGACAUAGAAAUGGCCAGAGGUUUAGAGGAACUAUACGGGGACAUUGAUGCGUUGGAGUUUUACCCUGGAGUCCUGCUGGAGAAAACACGUCCUGGUGGCAUAUUCGGUGAGAGUAUGGUGGAGAUGGGUGCUCCAUUCUCCCUGAAAGGCCUCCUGGGAAACCCCAUCUGCUCCCCUGAGUACUGGAAGCCCAGCACCUUUGGGGGAGAGACUGGCUUUAACAUCGUCAAAACCUCCACUUUGAAGAAACUGGUGUGUCUCAACACCAAGUGGUGUCCAUACGUGAACUUCCGUGUUCCACGAAACGAGGAGGAGGCGAAACCAAGGAAACCAUCUACUGAACUUUAAUGAAUAUUGACCUGGUGAUCUGUGAUUUCAUUAAUCACAAUCAGUUUAUUAUAGAUCGAAAAAUAUAGAUGUCAGUGUGUUGUAAAUUUAGACUCAUUUGGACUGGAUUUGAGUUGAGAAAAUGUGAUUUUGAUACUAUGGGUGGGUAAGGUUUUAAACUUACCCACAGUGGAUGAUAUACCUCCUGAAAACACAGCUGACAACUCACAUGUAUGUAUGUACUGGUGAGAAGUGUGUUCAUUAUCAUUUACAUCCCAUGUAUAAUUCUAUGUAAAUGUUUCAAUUUGAAAAUAAAAGUCUCCAAUUGGCCACUGA